AUGAAACUUCUCGAACAAACUUACCAAGAACUGAAAGCAGUCACUGGGAUCGCGGACUUGGAGGACAUGGUUAAUCGGUUUGCUGAACUGGAAGACUCCAGCUUUCGACUGUCUAUUCUUCGCGACUUGGCCGACAUGAGAAUAACCUCCCUCAAGGAACAGAAUAAAAAGUUAACUGUGGCCUUCAAUGAUCUCCGCAUUAUGGCCGAUUCUCGCCUCAAAGAGUAA